GUCUCCUUCACUGCACAUCCAAUAACAAUGGCGACCGAAGCAAAUAAACCCAUCAACAUGAACUCAAUGUCUUCAUCUCUUCAGAGAACCAAUCAAUGGGUUUUCUCACAAGAUAUUCCGACAGAUGUUAUAGUUGAAGUGGGAGAAGCUAAUUUCUCUCUUCAUAAGUUCAUGCUAGUGGCGAAGAGCAAUUACAUAAGGAAGCUAAUAAUGGAAUCAAAAGACAGUGACGUGACGAGAAUAAAUCUCUCGGAUAUCCCUGGAGGUCCUGAGAUGUUCGAGAAAGCUGCUAAGUUCUGUUACGGUGUUAACUUUGAGAUUACCGUACAGAACGUGGCGGCUCUUCAUUGCGCCGCUGAGUUUCUUCAGAUGACCGAUAAGUACUGCGACAACAACCUAGCUGGUCGGACACAAGACUUCCUUUCUCAGGUCGCCUUGUCUAGCCUCUCUGGAGCUGUCGUUGUCCUCAAGUCCUGCGAGAUUCUUCUUCCUAUUUCUCGUGAUAUUGGUAUUGUCCGCCGCUGUGUGGACGUCGUUGGUGCCAAGGCUUGCAACGAAGCGAUGUUUCCUUGUCGAACACCACCAAACUGGUGGACAGAGGAGCUUUGUAUCUUAGACAUUGACUUCUUUGGAGAUGUCAUAUCUUCCAUGAAGCAGAGAGGUCUCAAACCUUCAUCUCUAGCCUCAGCAAUCAUCACUUACACCGAGAGAUCUUUAAGAGAUCUUGUAAGAGACCAUUCCGGUAGAGGAGUCAAGUUUUCGGACCCCGAAAACAACGACUCCGAGGAGAGAUCUCAACAGAGAGAUCUCGUGGAAUCCAUCAUCUCCCUCUUACCUUCAGACAAAGGACUCUUCCCUAUCAACUUCCUAUGUUCCCUCCUCCGUUGCGCCGUCUUCUUGGACGCAUCACUCGCGUCCAAGAACGAGCUGGAGAAACGAAUCUCCGUCGUUCUCGAGCACGUCACCAUCGACGAUCUCUUGAUCCCGUCUUUCACCUACGACGGUGAAAGACUAUUGGAUCUCGACAGCGUAAGAAGAAUCAUCUCCUCCUUCGUAGAGAAGGAGAAGAGCGUCGGAGUAUUCAACGGGGGAGAUUUCAACAAAGGUUUAUCCUCUGUUACCCUCCAAAGAGUAGCGAAAACAGUCGACUCUUACUUAGCAGAGAUCGCUAGCUACGGAGAGCUAACGAUCUCCAAGUUCAACGCUAUCGCAAAUCUCGUCCCGAAAUCUGCUAGAAAGUCCGACGACGAUCUUUACAGAGCGAUAGACAUCUUCUUGAAAGCUCAUGCUAACCUAGAUGAGAUCGAAAGAGAGAAAGUCUGUAGCUCAAUGGACCCUCUCAAGCUUUCUUACGAGGCACGUCUCCACGCUUCGCAGAACAAGAGGUUACCAGUGAACAUCGUGCUUCACGCGCUUUACUACGAUCAGUUAAAGCUGAGAAGCGGGGUGGAAGAUAAAGAAGGAGCUGUAGUUGUAGUUCCUGAGGCUGUAGCCACACGUGGACAGGUUAAAGCUGAUGCUUCGUUGGCUAAAGAGAACGAAGCUUUGAGGAGUGAGCUGAUGAAGAUGAAAAUGUAUGUUUCGGAUCUACAGAAGAAUGGUGGUGCAGCGGGAGCUUCUUCUUCUAAUGCGCCGAGCAAUAAGAAGAGUAGUAAAAGUACUUUCUUCUCAUCUGUUUCGAAGAAGCUAGGGAAGUUGAAUCCGUUUAGACAUGGGUCUAAGGAUACUUCUAACAUUGAUGAGGAUCUUGCUGGUGUUGAUAUCACUAAGCCAAGAAGAAGAAGAUUCUCUAUCUCUUAAGUAAAAAGAAACGUUUGGUCAACUACUUUUGCGUUUUUUGUUCCUUGGGUGUGCGUCUGUAGCGUAGUAGUGUGCUACUCCUUUUUCAUUUUUUCUUCUGAUGCGUGAUUUAUUAUUUGUUUUUGGAGUGUGUGUUUAUUGUAUAAUAUUGAUUAUGAUAUUAAAAAAGUUAAGAAAAUCAAUAAC